UCAAGUGUCAACUUUGUUGUUGUUUUGUUUUGUGUGGCCAUUGGCCAAUUUGGUUUUUGUAUUUUUGAAUUUUGUAACUUUGUGUUCCAAAUAAAUACUUAAAACGUUGGAAUAUUCUAUAAGUAUUUAAAGAACACACGCUAAAUAUAACCAUGGACGACGACGAUUACUGGAACACUAGUGAAACGAAGUCCAAGGCUUUUAGUUUCGAUGACGAUGUGCUUUCACCACAAGAAAUAUUAGCAAUAGGCCAGAAGUCAUACCCUGGACAGAAGGAUGAGAGUGUAUUCAGCUCAACCAUCAGCAAUGCUAAGACACCACUUUUACCAUUGUCCAGUUUGGUUUCGCCGAAAGUAUUGGAUCUGAUUCUACUAGCACAGUCGGGAAGAGACCCUAAUGAAAGGGCGGACCCUGACCAAACCGUGGCUGUGACCUUAAAGAGGCUGGUGCUGGGUCGUAGCGUAUCCUUGAGAUGUCACAGGAGUCUGAAGAGUAAGACAGAACUGCUUGACGGUGCUGUUGCUAUUGGGGACGGGAAUGCUAUAAUAACUGUGGUUCUGUUCUUAAUACAAAGUCUAAACAAAAAGCUGGUGUAUGAGUUGCUAUCAGCGCGCCCUCUCGCGUUAAACCAUUAUAUUAGCUUCUUACAAUCUGAGGGAAAAGUCUCGGAGCUUGCGGAUUUACUUAUAAUGCUUGGAAGGAGUCCGGAUGCAGCUAUGUACCAGUUUCAACAUAUAAUCAAAACCCAAGGUAAUGGAGUAGACGGCUUAUUGAGGAAACUGAAUAACUUGCUGUCGAAUCAUUUCAAUCAACCUGGAGUUGAUGCCCACCAAGCUAAAAUGGUGACGGACUAUGUGAAGUUAUUGGAGUGGCAGAAAUGUGCCAACAAAGCCGAGUUGAACAACAGAUCAACACUGCAAUGUCUGUCGUAUUGUUGUGAACAACACUGGCACGAGGGCGCCGGCAAUAUGAUGUCGCCGCUCACGCUUUGCCAACGACAACAGGUGCCUCCUGUGCAAUACGAUUGGGUAGUGUUAAACGUACACGGGAACUCAAACAAAUGGGAUAUUGUUGAAUCUAUGUUUACCAAAAAAGACUGGCUCGGCCGCACGACAGUGUCGUCCAACAUACCGAUGGAGACCCUGCUGGCGCGGCUGAGCAAGUUAAUCACUAACAAGCAAAUGUUGGCCAAGUGCCUCAACUAAUGCAAAUGUUGGGCAAAUGGUUUGCCCAUUGAUUGCAAUCCAUGUUUCCAUUAGAAAAUAGCAUACUUUAUUUAUUACUGCCAUUGUCAUUGGCUACAAAUAUCCCAUAUUUGUGCACUGGCUCGGCCGCACGACUGUGUCGUCCAACAUACUGAUGGAGACCCUGCUGGCGCGACUGAGCGAGUUAGUCACUAACAAGCAAAUGUUGGCCAAGUGCCUCAACUAAUGCAAAUGUUGGGCAAAUGGUUUGCCCAUUGAUUGCAAUCCAUGUUUCCAUUAGAAAAUAGCAUACUUUAUUUAUUACUGCCAUUGUCAUUGGCUACAAAUAUCCCAUAUUUGUGCACUGGCUCAGCCGCACGACAGUGUCGUCCAACAUACUGAUGGAGACCCUGCUGGCGCGACUGAGCGAGUUAGUCACUAACAAGCAAAUGUUGGCCAAGUGCCUCAACUAAUGCAAAUGUUGGGCAAAUGGUUUGCCCAUUGAUUGCAAUCCAUGGUUCCAUUAGAAAAUAUCUUACUUUGGUUACGGCCAAUCUGCCAUUGGCUUCAAAU